AUGAGAAAUAUUGGCAAGUCCCGCUUGUCGCACCGGAACACCAUCUGCAGCAAUUCUCGUCUAUACGGUUCAUUCGAAUGUCGGUCUCAUUUUGAAGUUCUUGAAGCUCACGCACGGGAAAAGAUGAUAACAUUCAGGGCCGUUGUACUCGCCUCUAUCAUCGUUCUCUUAGUACUGGGAGCUGCUACUUCAGUUAACACUUUGUUGAGUGAAUUUCCAUCCGUCAAGCUGCAUAUCACCUUCAAACGCGAGAGUUUAAAGCUUCAUGGUCAUUCUGAGUUUGACAUCUAUGCUUCUCCCGUCGUGUCAGUCAACGCUUCUAGUUUGAUAUAUGACAGCUACGCGACGCUAAAAGACAGUCGUUCGGAAUAUAAGUAUACUCUGAAGGAUGGAUUUGCAUACUUGACAACGACGGAUGCAUUAGGGUCGAAGAUGACCCACUGUCUCACUCUGAGUACGAUGCCUUUCGACCAGAUUCUACCUGCGCUAAAUGGUGCCAUACCCAUUCCUAGUGCUUAUAUUAAUAACAAGUCGAUUGAGUGUGCUAGUGGAAAACUAUUUGAGACACAAUUUGCUGGAACGUCUUACGCAAUCUGCGCGUCUGGUAAGGCCACAGCCUACAGCAAUGAUCUCGACAUAACUGUCGAAUAUCUUCAGAAUCCCAUCAACGUUUCGAGGCCUGAUAUGUUGGCUGACCCUGCGCCGUGUGGAACUGUUCAGAAGGCGAUGUCAUUGACGUCAACAGCUCUUGCUUUCGCUUCAGGCAAUAAAAUCUUGUCCAAUGCGUAUCGAAAGCUAAAAGAAGAGGCUUCCAUGUUUUUACGUUCAAAGUCUUGUAAUAAGUGUUCGACCACACCUCGGCCGUGCAUUUUCUUUCAUGGAUCGGGAAAUGAGUUAGAAAUGCCCGAACUGCAGGACAAUGCUGACUUACUUAAGGAUAAAUUUGGGGACAUCUAUGGUCAUGCACCUUGCUGCUCCUCAAUCAAAUAUGCUGUUCUCGAUACUAUGAAUGCUGGUUGGAGAAACGCGUCUCUUCAGCAGAAAUUCUGUAAGCACUCGCUGUCCAUGAGUCCCACCAGUGACGUUGCUGCUAAAAUUAUUGAUAACACCAUUGUAGUUACACAUUCAAUGGGUGGACUCGUGAUGGCGGACGCGCUUGUGAAUAACAGGUGUAGCUUCAGUGACACCACAUCUUGGGUAGCUUUAAGUCCUCCAAUGAUGGGUAGCAUGGCGUCCGACUAUCUCAUGGACAUCUGUAGCAUCAAAGGAAGCCGUUUGAGAAUAGGAUUAUUAAAGAUGUUUGAUCAAUGUCCUGCGGCUGAGUCUCGCAAGUCCACCUGCUACCAAGGUGAGAAGUAUAGCAACCCAUCUCUCGAUGCUGCGUAUUUGGCCGCUCAGAAGGCGUACCGAGAGAACGUUGACGCUGUCAUGUGCAGUGAUAACUACAACGGGGUUCAUUCUAAGUUUGAAGCUCCAUCAAUUCUCGCUGGGAAAUUGAUUAAACACAAGUCAAAGGAGAACGACGGUCUCGUCGAGUUCGAAAGCUGCGCAGGAGGACUUGAUGCUGGCCUCUUUGAUGAUCAUUAUAGCAGCGCAUUUUACAGACCACGUCUUAAUCACGCGGAUACGGCAUUUUUAACAGAUGACAGCCCAUUUUUUGACUCGCAGAAGCCACACAAGUGGUUUAAAUGUCUGAAGUACAACAUUUCUUAA